CUUACAUGGCGUUCCCAGCGUGCUUUGCUGAGCUAUGGCUGACUUUACGUGGUGCCGUUGUAGCGUUGAGGAUAAAGCCGCUGACUGUCUGUGAGGCGCUGGUAACCACAUGAUCCCAUAUUAUCUGGGGACCCUGAGUAGAAGCAGAUUUGUGGGUGACCAACACACCUAUGAGUAGAAACUUCUUUAGAUGUCCAUGGUGGACAGGAUAUUUUCCCUGGACCCCCAACCUUUCCGUCAGCAGUUUGAACCCUCAAGUAAAUUGGAGGCCAAGCUAUUCGUUGAGACCAAGCCCAGCUUCCUCUCCCAACUCCCUUGGUGUUCCCUGGAGCCCCCAACCUUCAUGUUGGAUUCACGUCUCUAACCUGAAUAUGGCUUCUAAAAGUGACGAACCGCUACCGAAACGUAAGAGAACAAGAGAGGAAGAACACGUUGAGCAGAAGCCAAAAUCAUCCAGUCCUACAAAGGAUAUUCGAGUCCCACCACUCCAUGCACCUCCUGGGCCCCCUCCAACCGCUAAACAUUCAGCAGCAGUCAAAGGUGUCAUUAGCAGAAGAUGGGAAGACUUCAAUCUGUAUUAUUCAGAAUUAUCCAAAUGGAACCGUGUGUUUGGAAGGGAUCCGGAAUACUUUGACUUUACUGUCCUUUCCUACAACAUCCUGUCCCAGGACCUACUGGAGGACAACUCCCAUCUGUACGACCACUGCAGGAGGCCACUCUUGUUCUGGAGCUACCGGCUGCCCAAUAUUCUCAAAGAGCUGGUAGAUCUGAAUGCAGAUAUACUUUGUUUACAAGAAGUUCAAGAAGAUCACUACACAACCCAGAUCAAGCCCAGUUUGGAAAGUCUUGGGUACCACUGCGAGUACAAGACACGAACUGGAAGUAAGCCAGACGGCUGCGCCAUUUGCUUCAAGGCUAAUAAGUUCUCCCUGGUGUCUGUGACCCCCGUGGAAUAUUACAGGCCCAAUAUAUCGCUGCUGGACAGAGACAACAUCGGACUUGUGCUUCUGCUUCGACCUAAAUCUCAAAGAGUGGCCCCUGUGAUCUGUGUGGCCAACACCCACCUGUUGUAUAACCCAAGGCGCGGGGACAUUAAACUGGCACAGCUGGCCAUACUCCUUGCUGAGAUUACCAGUGUGGCCUUUACUGGGGAAAAGGGAUUCUGCCCCAUUGUGCUCUGCGGGGACUUUAACUCUGUGCCAGGGUCACCUCUGCACAGCUUUAUCAGGGAAGGAAGGCUAAAUUAUGAGGGCCUGUCCAUCGGAAAGGUGUCGGGACAGGAACAGUAUCCCAGAGGGCAGAAGAUUCUCUCUAUCCCUAUAUGGCCAAAAAGUUUGGGCAUCUCUCAGAACUGUGUCUAUGAACCAAUGGAAAAUGCAUGGAAUGCAGCGGAAAUGGUAGAUAAGGAAUCUGUUGGAAACUCUGCGCGAAACAGACAGGUGGAACCAAGCCUGUCCCAUCACUUCAGCCUCUCCUCAGUGUACACUCACUUCUUCCCUGGAUCAGGAAUCCCCGAGAUCACUACCUGCCACUCCCGAUGUGCCCUGACGGUGGAUUACAUCUUUUAUUCCGCAGCAGCGAAUGACCUGUUUGCACAGCUAGGAACAAAUAGCUCCCAGAACGGCCUCCAGCUCCUGGGGAGACUCUCGCUGCUCACGGAACAAGAUCUCUGGAGUGUUAACGGCCUCCCCAACGAGACCAACUCCUCCGACCAUCUCUCCUUACUGGCCAAGUUUAGACUGGAGAUUUGACCUUAUUUUCAGCCCCCCCCAAUCAUAACUUUUAGUGCAGGGUGUUUCCAUUCAGCACAUAAAUGAUGGUUUUAAUGAUGUUUUUAUGUUAUUUUAUUUGUGUCCCUGAAUUUCAUGGCUGUUUUGUGUGAUUUGUAAAUUCUCUUUCACUCCCCUUGUAAAUAUUUUCUAAACAAAAGUAAAAAAAAAAAUCCUA